CGUGAUUUUUGCUGCCGAAUGCCGAGUCCUGUUUCUAUCCGUCUCAAGCCCAAUGAUGCUUUCACUGUCUGGCUCUUCAGAACCAGCACCCCGGCACGUCCCACGACGUCCCAUAGGAAGCCACCGACGCUCCGCCACAUCAAGGCCGACUAUCUGCGUAUGGUUUGCAGAAGCCGCUUUCCGUGGAGGAUGCUCGGGCGGGACGCGAAUUGACCACUCGUACGGCUCCUGGCCGGGAGCAUCGUGGGCCAGGGUCGGUGGAUGUUCCAUCCUGGCUGGGCCAGCAGGAGUGCGUCAGCGAUUCUGAGCCAAGGAUUGGCUUGGCCAAGAUCUUUGUCGGUGGAUAGUUGGCGCUCUCACCUGAACGUGUCGUUCGUUCGUUCGAGCGCGUGUCGUGCUUCAAGACUCUGUGUGCUUGAUCCGCUGGUUGCCACGUUGGCUCGAGGUUUAUGGUGCCUGCGGGAGAGCCCGCAGGGGCGCAGCAAGCAAAUACAACAUAUCUUCGCUGCCGAGUCCGUCGAGGCGGCUCGGCAGCACUUUCCGACCAGUGACAGGAGCAGCUAGCUGAUCUGAGAGGGGCGGAGCAGCCCCAGGAUGGCCGUGGUCUCCAUCGCGGCAGCCCGUGAGGUCGGCGGCGUGGGUCUCAGAGCGUGGCCAUCCGCCUGGCGCGCCGCCGUGGACAAGGCCGCGCAGCAGGGACUGGCGGACGCGAGUGCUACCACCACGGACAGCGAGCAGCCCGAGGCGCCCGACUUUGCCGCCCUGUGCGGCCACCUGGAGCUCGUCCUCGCGAGAGCCGUGCCCACCGUGCCCGAGGUCCAGCACCUCUGGGCCUGCCUCAGCGAGCUGGCGCGCUCCCUCGCGCCGCUGGGUCGGGUCUGGCGCCUAUCCCCUUUCGGGAGCGUGAGGAACCUGCUCCUCACCCGCGGGUCGGACGUCGACGCCACCCUCUACAGGUCGGACGCCCAGGACGAGGGCGACUCCGCCGCGGCGGUGCGGGUCCUGCAGGGAAGUGUGCUGCCGCUGCUGUCGCGGAGCCCAAGGUUCGAGGUCGUCAGGCUCGUUCCUGGGGCCAGGAUCCCGGUCCUGAGUCUGCGCUUCGACGGGGCCGUGGACGUGGACCUCUCCUGCCACAACACGGAGCCGCUGCGGAAUUCGCAGCUGCUGCGCGCUUACGCGCAGGUCAGCCCGCUGGUGCGGGGCCUGGCGCUGCUGGUGAAGCUCUGGUCCAAGGCCGCGGGCGUCUGCGGGGCGCAGAGCCGGAACCUGACCUCGUACGCGCUGGCGCUGAUGGUGAUCUACUUCUUGCAGGUCCACCCCGACUUCGGGCUGCCCCUGCUCUCCACGCAGCUGUUCGACGGCUUCGGGCGCCUGCCGGCCGCGCCGCGCUGGGAGUGCCAGGCCCCGUUGCCCGGGGCGCUGCGGCAGUUUUUCGUGUUCUACGAGCGGGAAUUCGAGUGGGGCAGGGAGGUCGUCUCGGUGCGGCUCGGCCGUCGGUGCAGAGCUGGCAGCCCAGAGGUCACCCUGCUGCCGAACGCCGCGGAUCACCGCCUGCACGUGGAGGACCCCUUCCUCACGGGCAGGAACCUGAACUGCGUGCUGGGCCUCGAGCAGGAGGCCCGGCUGCAGGCGGCGUUGCGCGCCGCCGAGGCCGCGCUGCGAGGCGGCGCCCUGCCACUGGGCUUGGGCGGCGUGGAGGUGAGCGCUGGUGGAGUGCUUGCUGGCUGCGGGAGGUGAUGGUCCCCGCGGGGCUCGUGCCGCGGGAGACCUGCAGGGCGGCCUUCCGGGCCGGGCCCGCUCUAGGCCCGCGGGGGAGGAGGAGGAGGAGGACGCAGGCUGGAGUCUUCGAGGCAAAGGCUUCGUUGGUGGCGCCUGUCCCUCUUCCAUUGCGCUGCUGCGCACAACGGCAGCCACGCUCGGAGGAGGGCCCUGAGGGCACUGCACUCAGUGCCUCGCGGCACGGUGGAGGGUUUUCAGGUUGGUGCGCAACUGGCGUGUCGACCAGUGGCUGGCACGCGCUUGGUGUGUCGGCACAGAGACAUCGAAAGCGGGUUCAUCGAAGUAAGUUGCGCUAUCCGCUUUCGGGCGAUGAAAGUUGUACACUAUGAUAUAUUUGGUAGCCCCAGAGGUCCAGGACCCGUUUCGAGGGCCUGAGGAGAUAUUGCGGCUUCGACAGGUUUCAAUGAUAUUUCAUCGCUUCGCUCCAUCGAGGGCCGGUUUUGGGCGGUCUCCUCUGCGCCGUCUUCGGGAGCGGUCUUGGGCCAUCUUGGUGCCAUCCCCAGCCCUUCCCAUCCCUCCCCUGCCCCUCCCUCACAUCCCUUCGCCAGAGUGGCGAGGGCAGAUGGGGAGGGCCGUGCGUGACGCUCCGUGCAGAAGCAGGCAGCAGGGCGAUACAGAAGGAAGGCAGAGGUUCCACCUUCCCGCGCUUGUUCCUCACUGCUUUGAGCCUGUCUCCGCAAAGUGACCGUUUAUGUAAGCCAUCACGCGGAGGACAGUCCGUCAUGGCCCGUCUACCUGGCUCGACGCUUCAAUUCCACUCGUGUGCACCGCGUUUGAGGUAGCUUCCCCCUCCUCCUCUUCCUUUUCGGAAAAAGGCAGGAUGAGGACAGAGGUUAGCACAGCUGGUAACCUCCUGAUGAAUCCCCAUUUGAUCUCCACUUCCCGACGUUCCUUUUUCAUCGCUUGUUUCUCAUUGCGCCAGUCUUCGCCCAAUCUGUUUCACCAGCCUCAGUUGCAGUCUGCUUUUGCGGGACCGCGACCUCGUGCCAACCGGUCCAGCAUUCGCGUGCUGUCCUCCGUUCGUUUUGGAGCGUAUUGUGCUAAGCACGGCUUGACGCUCUAUUCAAAACGAAGGAAGGCCCACAGCAGGAGGGCUGAGAAUGUUUCACCCUUUUGCUUUCAUUUUGCUCCUCGAGCCGACAGUCGGCUCCGCUUAUUGGCGGUGCACGCGGGCUCGGUCCCACAGGCCCUCUAGAGGGUCCCAAGACACUCCCACAGGCGUCGCUCACGUUGCAUCCGUCGGUCAUCGGGUCGACGAUGGAGGUUCGAGGUGGGUUUUCUCCGAUGUACUAUUCCCGUUCUGGCCGCGAGCCUGAGGGGUCACGGCUACCCCAGUGUUGGCUCCUGCGAGAUCUGUUUUUUGAAUUUUUGUUUAAGGCGAUUGAGCUAGCUUGGGAGGUCACGGCUACUCCAGCGCUGGCUCGCAGGUUUGGGUCACUUCCGCUCACACCCCCCAACCCCCGACCACCUAUAGUAUGUUAUGUUUGUCCGCCCGUCAGUGGCAGAUGGCGGCCCGGACGCGGACACGUUCUCUAUGUUGUUUCACCACUUGGCGACGGGAAAGCCGGCCAGACAAUUAUACAUCAGGCCAGUGCCAUGUCUCAGAGCACUUCUUCUUUGGGGCUGCCCAGAUGCCAAAUUGGCCUGGUUGCAGCCGCACGUUUUGGCACUACCCUGCAGGUUUUCGGAUCAUCGGUGGCGAUAUCAGCUGCUCGCCAUCCUGCUUGGAUCCACGCUGCGGGUACAGCACCCCUUUACAGCCUUGCCCGCCCUGGCGGCGCGGCAUGCGCCCGUCAAAGGGCUGGGUGAAUGCUCAGCAACGGGGAGUUCUCAGCGGUUCACUCCGUGUGCCACUCGCGCACGGGCAGGUCAGGCUGCUGGGCCGACUUGCAGGUGAUCUCCGCAAGACCGUAGCAGGCAUUCAACAAGCUCCUUCCAGAGGCCCUCGAGACGGCCCUAAGACCGUGGUGGUGGAAUGUGCCGUAAGCUGCAUCGUCCAUGAUUUCCCGGCAGUCUGAAUUCUUCAGCGUGUCAGUCGGUUUGCCAUUCGCGCCCAGGCGCGUUAGGCCGGCAUGCAGCGUUGCCGAUUGGUUUUGCAGGUGCUGCGCAGGGGAAAGACAGUGAUCGCGGAGCGCCCGAGUGUGAGCAUGAUUUGGCCGCAGAGUGUAUGCUGCACUGUUUUCCAAAGCGCAUCCUGGGCCUGCGCGCAAUGUGCAAUAUGUCGCCUCCCGGCCCCCCCCCUUUUCUUUUGGCAAGUUGCGAGGCACACACCUGGA